AUGGUGUUUAGUGCUUGGGGUUUGGUCUGUGCUCUACUUAUUACUAUCUCUGCUGCGUUCAGAUACGAUCCAGCUUAUAUCCAGUACAAUCUCAACCAAAAUCAGACAGCAAAUGAUCCGCUAGACUACUGGGGCGAGUGGACAGGACACGAAUAUAAUCCCUCGCCGGCAAAUUGGAGAUUCCCCUUCUAUACACUCUUUCUUGACAGAUUCGUGAACGGGGAUCCUUCGAACGACAACAUAAACGGUACCUCAUUCGAACAUGACUCCAAUUCCAACCAAAUGCGUCAUGGCGGUGACAUACAAGGCUUACUGGAUACUUUGGAUUAUCUCCAGGGCAUGGGUGUCAAGGGGCUUUAUAUAGCUGGGUCACCCUUCAUCAACAUGCCUUGGGGGUAUGACCAAUACUCACCUCUUGACCUGUCAAUCUUAGACCCUCAUUUCGGCGAUAUCGAUAUGUGGCGUACAGCGAUAGAAGAGAUCCACGCCCGAAAUAUGUAUGUCGUCUUGGACAAUACCUUCGCCACCAUGGGCGACCUCAUCGGAUUUGAUGGCUAUCUCAACACUACCACACCUUUCACGCUGGCGGAACACCAGGUUCAGUGGAAGACGGACCGACACUAUCAGGACUUCCAAAUUGGGAAUAACUAUAACAAAACCUGUCAAUACCCCCGAUUCUGGUUGGAAACAGGGUAUCCCGUGGGUGAAGACGUCACAAAAGACAUGGUCGGGUGCUAUGACAGCGAGUUUGAUCAAUAUGGAGACACUGAAGCUUUUGGACUCCAUCCGGAUUGGGUUCGGCAGCUCAGUAAGUUCGCUUCAGUGCAAGAUCGCUUGCGCGAAUGGCACGAGCCCGUACGCCGAAAGCUGGAGAAUUUCUACUGUAUUUUGAUCGCUCAACUUGAUGUUGACGGCUUCCGAUAUGACAAAGCGACUCAAAGCACCAUCGAUGCCAUGGGCUUCAUGAAUGAUGCCAUGCGCAGAUGUGCAAAGAGGUACGGCAAGAACAACUUUUUCCUUCCGGGUGAAAUCACUGGCGGUAACGUGUUCGGGUCGCUCUAUCUUGGUCGUGGUAGGCAGCCCGAUAUGGUUGCCGACAAUAUUACGAUGGCGGUGACCAUGACCAACGAUUCUGCCUCCAAAUACUUUCUGCGCGGACCGGAUCAUGGUGCUCUCGAUGCUGCAGCUUUCCAUUACACCGUCUACCGGACAUUGACACGAUUCUUGGGUAUGGAUGGCAACCUCGAAGCUGGGUAUGAUGCUCCUCCAAACUGGGUUGACAUGUGGAAUGACUUCCUCAUAACAAACGACUUCGUGAACGCCAAUACCGGCCUUUUUGACCCUAGGCAUCUGUAUGGUGUAACGAACCAGGACGUCUUCCGUUGGCCUGCGAUAACCAACGGGAUUGAACGCCAACUGCUCGGUCACUUCAUUACCACGAUCGAGUUGCCUGGCGCACCUCUCCUUCUUUGGGGGGAGGAACAGGCCUUUUAUGUCUUGGAUAAUACGGCCUCCAACUACAUCUUCGGCCGACAAGCAAUGUCUUCAGCAACGGCAUGGCUCAGCCACGGCUGUUAUAGCCUCGAUUCUACCCAGUUCUUCAAGAUGCCACUCAAUGCUUCACGUCAUGGAUGUGAAGAUGAGGCGGUCAGCUAUGAUCAUCGGGACCCCUCACAUCCUGUGCGCAAUAUCAUACACCACAUGAAUCAGCUCAGGGAACAAUAUCCAGUACUUCAGGACGGCUUUUUUCUACAGCAGUUGUCGAAUCAGACCGAGCACAUCCAGUUACCCGGCUCAGGACACGUCAAAACUGAGACUGGCAUGUGGUCGGUCAUGCGGUCAGGCUUCCCAGGCGUGCAAGACCUGAGUGCUACAGGAGCAGGUAAUCUUCAAAUCUGGCUACUGUACUCGAAUGCCAAUACGACGAGGUCUUAUACUUUCGACUGCAACAACAAUGCUACUGACCUAAAUACCACGAGCUUGAUCGCGCCUUAUGAUGCAGGCACUACCGUCAAAAAUCUGUUCUACCCUUAUGACGAGCACACUCUGGAUGAUAGCGUUCAUUCCUUGGGAAUUAACGGUUCGACGGAGCCGAAUGGCUGCUUGAGUGGCUUGCAGAUGCAAGCAUAUGACUUCCGCGCAUAUGUCCCUCUGGCUCAAUGGGUGGGACCCAAGCCCAUGAUCACCAAAUUCAGCCCCGGCCAUGAUGUGCGCCUCGAGUCCAAGGUCAGCGCAAACGAGACUGAAAGGGUUGAUAUCGAGAUCCAGUUUUCCGUCGACAUGGAUUGUGAUAGCGUCACCAACAGCAUUGUGUUCAACUCAACCACCGAAACAGGCGACGCGCCCACCAUUGACCAGCACAGUAUCCAAUGCGGUAAUCUGAGCAGUCCUCAGACUCCUCCUUAUGUGGGCGCCAUAUCGUCUACAUGGUCUUGGUCUGCGACACUCGAAGGUGUUGCCAAUGGCAUUCACGCGAUCUCUGUCCGAAAUGCAUCGUCUGUGAGCGGGGAGGUGACCGACGCAAUAGACCGAUUCUUGUUUCGGAUUGGACAAAGGAACAACCCUAUGGUGUUUACGACGAGUGCAAACUAUUCGUCUAGCCUCCUGGGAAAGAGUGACAACGGCACGCUAACCCUCUCUCACGCAGCGGCCGGGGCUGACAAAUGGCGCUAUUCGACAAAUUGGGGCUCCUCAUUCUCGCCCUGGAUGUCUUACGGAGGCGGGAAGACCCAGAUCGAAGAGCAACCAUGGUCUGGUACAGAUCUACAGUCCUGGAAAGGUACGCAUGUACGAGUGGAAUACUUCAGCCGCUUAGCCGGCAGCAGUGACCACAUCCAACAGGGCGAUCUGGAUUAUGACAUUCCUAGACGGUUUCCCCAUCUCUUUGUUAACGGCCCUUAUAAUCAAUAUGGCUAUGAUGCCGGGCUGGACAACAGGAUGAAGUUAACCACCAACUCGACAUGGGAACAUCAUUUCAUGACAGAAUGGAGUCUCAGUGGCGCGCUGGCACAGAUCAAUGUUUGGGGAAUCAACCCAGACGGCAAGCCAGAUCAGACUUUUGUUAUGGGAGAUGCAGACGGAGAUUCAGUUCUCGAUCGGCUGCCACCAUCAUCGUUGUCCUCGGUCGUCCUCAACAUCACGCAGCCCCCUCCGAAGCCGUAUCUUGGCUGGCGAGUCGUCAUCCACGAUGGCAACUUACGCUUCAAGCUCGUGCCGUCAGGGAAUAUGUGGAGUCAGUUGAUCCUCUAUGUCCUUUUAUGGACCGUUCCCGUCAUCACAGCAGCGUUCGGAGUGUGGUCGUUCAUGCAGGCGUUCUAUCAGGUCAAGUUCAACCAGGUUGGGUUUUCGGAGAAAGCUGCCCUCAUCCCUGCUGGUCUCAAGAAGCAGUUCAAGAAACUCGUGGAUGAGGAAAACUCGCCUGGCCUUCUGUCAAAGUUCACCCGCAAACCGAAGUUUGUUCAGCCUACGGGGACCAUCAUUGAUCAGCAACGACGUCGGACCGUUCUGAUAGCAACGAUGGAGUACGACAUCGAAGACUGGGCCAUCAAAGUCAAGAUAGGAGGCCUCGGAGUCAUGGCUUCUUUGAUGGGUAAGAACCUUGGACAUCAAAACCUUGUCUGGGUUGUCCCUUGCGUCGGAGACAUCGACUACCCAGUGGAUCAAACGGCCGAUCCAAUGACAGUGUCCAUCCUAGGCAAGCCUUAUGAAGUCCAGGUCCAGUAUCAUGUGCUCCGGAAUAUCACGUACGUUCUUCUCGACGCGCCCGUCUUCCGCCAGCAGACGAAAGCCGAACCGUAUCCGCCCAGGAUGGAUGAUCUUCCAUCCGCAAUCUAUUACUCGGCCUGGAAUCAAUGUAUCGCGCAGGCCGUGAACCGCUUCCCUGUGGACCUCUACCAUAUCAACGACUACCAUGGCUCAGUCGCUCCGCUGUAUCUGCUCCCACGAACCAUUCCUGCCUGUUUAUCCCUACACAAUGCUGAGUUUCAGGGCUUGUGGCCGAUGAGAACACGACAAGAACGUGAAGAAGUGUGUUCGGUUUUUAACCUGUCACCUGAAGUGGUCCAGAAGUACAUUCAAUUUGGCGAGGUCUUCAACCUGUUGCACGCUGGCGCAUCUUACCUCAGAGUUCACCAGGAGGGCUUCGGCGCUGUGGGCGUGUCGAAAAAGUAUGGGAAGCGAUCAUAUGCGAGAUACCCUAUAUUCUGGGGACUGAAGAAGGUUGGAAACCUGCCCAAUCCUGACCCAUCAGAUACCGGAGAGUGGGACAAGAAGCUUCCGAAAGAUUCAGACAUCCGAGUCGACCCAGAGUUUGAGGCUCGCCGUCCUGAACUGAAGCGUCAAGCGCAGGAAUGGGCUGGUCUAGAGCAGAAUCCGAAAGCCGAACUCUUUGUGUUCGUAGGCCGAUGGAGUAUGCAGAAGGGCAUUGAUUUGAUUGCUGAUGUGUUCCCCUCGAUUUUGGACGCCAAUCCAAAUGUUCAGUUGAUCACCGUCGGACCUGUCAUUGACUUGUACGGCAAAUUCGCCGCGUUGAAGCUGGAUCGAAUGAUGAAGCUCUACCCAGGCAGGGUCUUCUCGAAGCCGGUCUUCACGGCAUUGCCGCCCUUCAUCUUCUCUGGAGCAGAGUUCGCGUUAAUCCCUUCCCGCGACGAGCCCUUCGGAUUGGUCGCCGUCGAAUUCGGUCGCAAGGGCGCUCUAGGAGUGGGUGCGAGGGUCGGAGGGCUUGGAAGUACCCCGGGAUUCUUCUUCACGGUUGAGUCGAUGACAACAGGACAUCUGAUCCAUCAGUUUAAGCUGGCCAUCAAGGAGGCGUUAAGCUGCAAGCCUGAAACCCGCGCUCUCAUGAGAGCAAGGGCGGCCAAGCAGAGAUUUCCCGUGGCCCAGUGGGUCGAGGAUUUAGAAAUCCUUCAGUCGACGGCGACUCGCAUUCAUGACAAGGUUGAAGCGACGAAGCGUCAUUCCGCAGCUGCGGAGAUGAUGUGGCCCAGUUCCAUCUGGAACACGCCUGCGGGUUCUGGCGCUGUGACACCACGGACACCUAACAUGCCACAUUCGCGGGCGUCAAGCUAUGCGGCUCUACAUUCCCUCACCUCUCGUCUCAAGAAUAUCGGACACAAUCACGAGCAGUCUCAUCGUGUUGGCAACCUCUCGAGCCCUGGGCUUUCCCGCUCAGCUUCGCUUGGAUCUCGUAGGGGACCGGGCCACUUGGCGGCUCGAGACACACAUGACGGCUCGGAGCCGAAUUCCCCUGCGAUGCUGCCUCCAGUACCAGACAUGGAAGGAGACGACACUGGAAUUGGCACGGCAGUGAGUCACUACGACAACGAUCGUGAGUCUGACGAUGAGGAUGAGCAUGGGCGCGAAGCCCAACUCGAGGAUGACUCGAGCGAUUCUGAAGACGAGUCGACCACAAUGUCUACACCAAACCACGGCCGCUACGACGGAUGGGCGGUACAGGAAGAAGGGUAUCUUCCCUCUCGAGACAAUGAAUCACCCCGCCUGAACAGAGGCUUGGAACUAGAGCUUUCCCCCUUGCCAAAGGUGAGAUCGGGCGCUUUUGAUAGCCCCCCGCUUCCAGCGUCACCGAGACCUGAUCUGGGCCUCCUCGUCCCACCUGCUGCCCUCUCGGAAUCGAACUAUCGGUUGUCCAGUAAUUCGAUGCUCUCUGUCAAUUCCGUGGUUGGGGAAAAGCAAGAUUUCAUGCUUCAAAAGGUAGAUCCCUUUUUCACUGACAGCAACGGAGAAUUCGCGCGAGCGUUCGAGAAGAAACUCGAGAGUCUCACUGGCAGCACCUCGGAGUCGGCGGCCUGCAUUGAAGAAUUUCUUGUCAAAUCGGAGAAGAAGUGGUUCAACACAUACCGCAAUGCCAAGCUGGGCCGGUACAAUGGCUCCUAUGCCCAUUCGAGCUUCCAAGCUCAUCGCGAGUCGCGUGCCACCUCUGCCGCGGGUUCGAUAUACGAAGAAAACAGUGAACACAGUUCGGGCAAUGAGCACGACCGCAGCAAUUUGACUGAUGAGUUCCUGCUUGGGACAGACUAUGUGGCCCCCAGUGGCUUGAAGAAGUGGAUGCAACUUCGUGUGGGAGACUGGCCUGUCUAUGCAUUCUUCAUGGCCUUUGGUCAGAUCAUCGCGGCCAACUCGUAUCAAAUCACGCUGUUGACCGGCGAAGUUGGACAGACGGCAGACAAGCUCUAUGCCAUUGCGUCCAUCUAUCUCGUCACCUCCAUCUGCUGGUGGAUACUUUUCCGCCGCUUCAGCUCGGUGGUGUGUUUAUCGCUGCCUUUCUUUUUCUACGGUCUCGCGUUUCUCCUGAUUGGGGUGGCGCACUACGUCUCGACGGCCAGUGGACGAGGCUGGGUACAAAAUGUGGGCACCGGCAUGUACGCCGUGGCAUCUUCUUCCGGGUCAAUCUUCUUCGCGCUCAACUUUGGCGACGAGGGAGGUGCUCAGGUCAAGGCAUGGGUGUUCCGCGCCUGCGUGAUACAGGGCACACAACAGAUCUACGUCGUUGCUUUGUGGUACUGGGGCUCGUACCUCAACCGGCGCACCACAGAUGGACUUGUCACCACACCCGACCCGGUGGUCUCGACGUGGAAGAUCACCGCCAUCACCCUCCCUAUCGCAAUGCUGCUCUGGGCUGUCGGCUUGUUGAUGUGGUUCGGAUUACCGAAGUACUACCUGCAGGCACCAGGCAGGAUGCCGAGCUUCUACCACAGCAUGCUGCGUCGCAAAAUCGUCGUCUGGUUUCUCGUGACGGUGGUGAUCCAGAACUUCUUCCUCUCGGCGCCGUACGGUCGGAAUUGGUCGUUCCUAUGGAGCAGUUCGCACGCCUCGACCUGGCAAAUCUUCUGUCUCGUGAUCCUGUUCUUUGUCUUUGUCUGGGCAGGCUUUCUGUGGCUCUUCGCCUUGCUCUCAAAAUCCCACAGUUGGAUCCUGCCUCUAUUUGCCAUCGGCCUCGGCGCUCCUCGCUGGGCACAAAUCUGGUGGGGCACCAGCAAUAUCGGUGUUUACCUCCCUUGGGCCGGUGGCUACACGGCGUCCGCCCUGCUCUCACGCUCACUGUGGCUGUGGCUCGGCACACUAGAUGCCAUCCAAGGCGUUGGCUUGGGCAUGAUUCUUCUCACGACCCUGACCCGUGUGCAUGUCGCCUUCACUCUCCUCACUGCCCAAGUCUUGGGCUCGGUGGCCACGAUUGUGGCGAGAGCCUGCGCGCCUAACAAGAUCGGCCCGGGUCCAAUCAGCCCAGACAUCAGUGGCAGCCUUGGGACUCUCUGGCAACCCUGGUUCUGGGUUGGGUUGGUGGCCAAUCUGAGUAUUUGUGUUGGCUAUUUCAUGUUUUACCGUAAGGAGCAGCUGAGCAAGCCUUGA